CGUCACGCACUUAAGUAACCUGCAUCGGCUUUCGUUUUUGAUGUGUAAAAGUACGCGUGAGCGUAGCUUGACGUGCCUUAGUAACAGUCACCAGUGCCGUUUAUACCACUGCUCAUCCCUCGAUGAUGUUCCUCGUGCCCCUUGUCAACAUGACUGGUGUUGACAUCAAGUUUGAGCCAACUAGCCCAAUAACCAUACUACAUCAUGCCAUGACAGAUGUUGACAUGAAGAUGGAGUCGAUCAGCCCUCCCUACACAUUACUUUAUGGCACGACAGCUGUUGACCCUCCUGCCACACCGUGUUAUGGUGCGAUGGGCGUUGACAUCAAGGUGGAGCCCAGUAGCCCACCGUCUACACCACUUCCUAUAUACAUUGACAGCAACGAAAAAGGACCACUAACUGAUGCAGUACUUGCAAGUGACAGCUCUGAAACUUCAAAAGACAGCAUGGAUAGCAGCCCAGGAAUCUCGGAAGGAGCUACAGAAUCUUCACCAAAAAAGUGCAACAGGAGGGUCGACAGCUUGCACAUGUGUGACAUUUGUGGGCUGUGUCUUACAACAAAGAGCAGCUUAAAAAGGCAUCGGCUCUUGCACACAGCUGAGAAGCACUGCUGCACACUCUGUAGCAAGCAAUUUCCUAGCAGGAAACGUCUGUUGCUACACCAUUUUGCCCACGAGGGCAUGAAGCCCCAUGCUUGCCCCUCGUGCAAGAAGAGGUUUUCACUUAUAUCUUAUUUGAAUAGACACAAGUGUCCGCAGACGGGUGAGAUGCCAUAUGCAUGCCAGAUGUGCCCAUCUAAAUUCCGCAGUAGAGGAUCUUUCAACAGGCACAAGAAGCUACAUGCAACUGGAGUGGAGAUGAUCAACUGCCCGGAGUGUGGCAAGACCUUCAAGCAGGUGACAGCACUGCAGAACCACGUGAAGUGGCACAAGAUGGAGAAGCCACACCACUCGUGCCAUCUUUGCCCAGCUAAAUAUUCCAGAAGAUAUGAUCUAAAGAACCAUGUGUCAAUAAUGCACACGAAUGAAAAGAGGCUUAAGUGUGCCGUGUGCGAGAGAGAGUUCAGCAGGCGUGAUAGCCUCAGGAGCCACAUAAGAAGAAGGCACGUUGACGUCAAGGCUACCGUGGCGAGCACUGAGAGCAGGGUGGAGAUGCCAAGUAGCCCUCUCUCCAUGCAGCCUCCUGACUCUCUGGAAAUGGAUAGAAACGAACCAUCGGGGUCUCCAGUACUUAUGCCAAGGAUUGUCUCCAUAGCAUCAUUAACAAACGGUAUUGAAAUGCCAGGAAGCACAGCUGUUACAAAUACCAACACAAGAUGCUCGGAAGGAGCUACAGGACAUUCACGAGAAAAGCUUGAAUGCAGUGUCGACGGCUUGCUCGAGUGUGCCAUGUGUGGGCAGUGCUUUACAACAAAGGACGACAUGAAAAGGCACGAGAUCACGCACACAGAUGAGGAGCAGUAUUCCUGCACUCUCUGUGGCGAGCAGUUCGCUACUAGGGAAAGCCUCUUCCUACACCUGCUUGUCCACUCGGGCGAGGAGCCCUAUUCUUGCCGCUUCUGUGACAAGAAGUUUACAGUUAAAGCCGAUUUAAAUAUACACAGGCGUGUGCAUAAGGGUGAGGCGGUGUAUUCAUGCCCGAUAUGCCCAUCCAAAUUCGGGUUCUGGAAAGCUUGGAACAGACACAAGCAGCUGCAUGCAAGUGGAGUGGAGAUGCUCCACUGCCGGGAGUGUGGCAAGGUCUUCACGCAGACGAAAGCUCUGCAGAGCCACAUGCAGUUGCACAUGAAGAAGAAGUUAUACCUGUGCCAUCUUUGCCCCGCCAGAUUCGCUUAUAGAUCCUCUCUGAAACUUCAUGUGGCAUCGCACAGAGGUGAAAAGCCGCACAAGUGUCCCGUGUGUGAGACAAGGUAUUGCAGGCGUAUUGACCUCAAUGCUCAUAUGCGUAAGAAGCACGAUGGAGUCGAUGCCACCGUAGCAAGCACUGCAAGCACUGGUCAAGAUUGCGCUGCCAAGUGACGCCGUCCCCAAGCUGCCUCAUGACUCUCAUGGAUAGAAAAGGAGCAUCUGAGCCUCCAGCCCUACACUGCCAAGGAUUGUCGCUGCUACCAGGUCAAGAGACAGCACUGAAACAUCAGGAGGUGCAGCCGUUACAGACAACGACUGUGCCAAG